ACACCCACGUAGGCUUUCUGAUCAGCCUCUCAACACACCUUGCUUUCUGUCAAGCUAAUCUUUCCUGUUGCCUCUUCGCCCCGCUGAAGGAGCCACCAUGCCAGCACUUCAGUUCAACGGCCGCUCCUUGAUUUCUCUGCUGGGGAUUAUUCGGUUGUUUGAGAUUUUUCUCUCCUGCACCGCCUUCAGCUUAGUCGCUGCCUGUCAAAACUACAAUGACAACUAUGGGACGUGGUCAAUGUUUACAUGGUGCUUUUGUUUUAUUGUUUCCAUCUUUGUGGUGGUCAUGGAGCUGAUCGGACUGAACGCGUCCCUGCCUCUUUCCUGGCAGGACUUCAGCUCUGCCUUCGCCAUGCUAGCCACUCUUAUGAUCUUCACUACUUCCAUUGUCUACCCAGCAACCUUCACAUCACAUUGCAAAAGCUACAACUGCGGAUACGAGAUUGCAGCCACUGUCAUGUCUUGCCUCUGCUUCAUUGCCUACGCAGCCGAAGUAGGACUGACCCAGGCCAAAGCAGGGGAGCUCAGCAACUUCUUGACUACCAUCCCUGGUCUCCUAAAGGUAUUUGAGGCCUACCUAGCCUGCCUCAUCUUCUCCUUGCUGGACAGCUAUUCUUUUUACAACAGGUUUCCUGGUCUGGAAUGGUGUGUGGCUGUCUACUCCAUCUGCUUCAUUCUCACCAUGGUGAUUAUCAUUCUCACCAUUGGACGCUGCCUUGGUUCCCUGCCCAUCCCUGUGGAGAAGACUCUGGUGGCCUACAACAUCUUGGCUGUACUCCUGUACCUUACAGUGGUAGUCCUGUGGCCUUUCUAUAGCUUUCGAAAUAAUUCAAGGCCUUCGUGUAAUCACAAUCCUAGGGGUUGUAUCAUUUGGGACAAUCACCUGGGAAUUACGUUCCUCUCCUUCUUCAACCUUAUUGCCUACGUUGUGGACCUUGUCUAUUCUUACAAACUGGUUUUUGUGACCACACCAGCGUAGAUUGCUCAUGCAACCAUCCCACCCAUGAACAUAUGUAUGUGUCGAACCCAUUUGCUUACGCUGCUGGACAUGCUGGGUUGUAAGAACAAUGCUCCAGGAGUACCAGAGGAUACUGAUAUCUGUGGUGGUGGUGAUGGUACUUUUAAUGUUAUACAUACACAAUUUAAAUUUUGGAUUGUUUUAUUUUAUGCUUGAGGUCAUGUUGGAUGGACAGAUCCCAUUUCCUAAAGGAGUUGACUCUGCCUUCAUUCUCCACAAGACUUCCAUGAAUUGCACAUGGAUUAGAUGUGAGUCCUUCAGGUUUGGCUAAACAUCUGAGCCAGGCCAUAAAUUUUGGAGCAACCAGUGUACCAUAAUUAUUCCAACUUCUGUUUUAAAAGCAGCAGCUGUGAGAAAAGAGAACACUGUGAGCAAGAGAGGGAAAUAUCAGGAGUGGAGAAGAAGCUGAGACCUCCGCAGAAAGAACAUUCAACCAUUGCACUGUGUUCAGGACACACAUUUUCCCCCCAUGUGUGCUUUACAGGAAUGUUUUCUCACCUCUUGACAGAAUAUCCUAAGGAGGUCAGAUGAAACCUGAGAUACCACUCCAGAAUAUGGAGAAGUGCAUUGUAUUGCUCUACCAAGCAGUCAACUAAAACAUGGCUUAUUGCAUUAUGGAUUGUUGAAUAAACCACAAUUGGCUGGUUCACACAAUAAAAAGGAAAAGUCUUCCUCAAGUUGAACUUGGA